AUGCAGCUGAGCCAAGGUGCCUCCAGCAUGGCAGCGGCCGAAGUGCCCGGCUACGUUGUGUCCCCACAAGCGGAGAAGCAUCGACGGGCCCGCAACUGGACGGACGCCGAGAUGCGCGGCCUCAUGCUUGUCUGGGAGGAGUUCUUCGACGAGCUCAAGCAGACCAAGCGCAAUGCCAAAGUGUACGAGAAGAUGGCCAGCAAGCUCUUCGAGAUGACCGGUGAGCGUCGGCUGGGUGAGGAGAUCAAGAUCAAAAUCACCAACAUGACCUUCCAGUACAGGAAAUUAAAAUGCUUGACAGAUAGCGAGUCCAUCCCGCCUGACUGGCCCUAUUACCUAGCCAUUGAUAGGAUUCUGGCCAAGGUCCCCGAGUCCUGUGAUGGCAAACUGCCGGCUGGCCAGCAACCGGGGCCCUCCACAUCCCAGACCGAGGCGUCCCUGUCGCCGUCCGCUAAGUCCACCCCUCUGUACAUACCGUAUACCCAGUGCUCCUACGAAGGCCGCUCCGAGGACGACCGCUCCGGCAGCUCCUCCAGCUUACUGUCCCUUAAGUUCAGGUCGGAGGCGCGACCCGUGAAGAAGCGCAAGGUGCAGAGCUGCCACUUCCAGAGGAAGAAGCUGCGGCUGCUGGGAGCCAUGCUGCAGGAGCAGCGCAAGCUGAGCCGUGCCACAGAGGAGGCCUGCCGUGAGGUGCGCCGCAUGCUGGACCAGCAGCACAUCCUGCAGGUGCAGAGCCUGCAGCUGCAGGAGCGCAUGAUGAGCCUGCUUGAGAAGAUCAUUGCCAAGUCCAGUGUCUAG